UCUGGUGGAAAAAUUCAGUCCUUUAAACUUACAAGCAUGGAAGUUUCAUGUCCUCACGUCUUCGGCCAUUGUAAACUUCCGUCUGCCUUUACUCAAGUGCACAAAGAAGAAUGUACGCAGUGUUUUGAUUCACAGGAUCUUGCACCAGGCAUCGAUGUAUGUCUAACUUGUUUUAACGCCGGAUGUAACAAUUCUGAAAGACACCAUGCCCAAAUUCAUUAUGAAAAGACAAAUCAUCCAUUAGUACUAAGCAUCUAUCGAUUAAUCAAAGACAAACCUAAGAGGGCUGAUGAAAAUGAAGAACCACCUCAAAAGAUCAGUAAACUCGCAAUUAUUCCCGAGUCUGAAAAGGACAAGUACGAAUUUAUCACGCACGUAAAGUGUUAUGCUUGUGGAGGUAUUGAGAUCGAUAGGAAUUCUGGUGACCUGCCCACCGUAAUCGAUGCGGUAAUGACUUCUAUGUCGGCUGCAAAGCAAUCGGAAAUAAAAGCAUGGGAAGAAGGAAAUAUUGUUAUAUGUGAUCAUACGCGUGAUUUAGUGCAAGAACAGCCAAGAACUUUAGAAUCACAAUGUAUGACUUUAGCACAUUGCAAUAAUUGUGAUUUAAAAGAAAAUCUUUGGCUAUGCUUAGUUUGUGGCAACCUCGGAUGUGGACGGCAACAAUUUGGUGGAGUAGGUGGAAAUGGGCAUGGUUUGGCUCAUUAUAAUCUAACGAAACAUUCAAUAAGUUGCAAAUUAGGAACGAUUACUCCUGAAGGCACUGCAGACAUAUACUGUUAUGAGUGUGAUGAUUCGAGAUUAGACCCAUAUCUGGACAAACAUUUGGCUAACUUUGGGAUCAAUGUUGCUUCGCAACAAAAGACAGAAAAGAGUAUUACGGAGUUGAACAUCGAGCAAAACCAAAUGUUUAAUUGGAGUAUGGAAACAAAAGAUGGUAAGAAACUUGAGCCCUUAUUCGGUCCUGGUUAUACCGGUAUUAAAAACUUAGGUAAUAGUUGCUAUAUGGCAUCUGUUCUACAAUCCAUAUUUUCUUUGGAUGUUUUUCAACAAAGAUAUCACUCGACUGCCAUGGAGCACCAUAAGCAAUGCACGCAGGAUAAUCCAGCAAACUGUAUUCAGUGCCAAUUAUCUAAACUUGCUGAUGGUUUAUUAAGUGGUCGCUAUUCCCAACCUAUUCAAGUCAUCGAUGCUGAGAAUGAACAAUCAGAGCAAGAUGGUAUAGCUCCAGGCAUGUUUAAGACACUUAUUGGGAAAGGACACGAGGAGUUUUCCACGAUGCGGCAACAAGAUGCUUUUGAGUUUUUUCAACAUCUCGUUACGACAAUUGAACGUAGGGAGCAUAAUAACCCAGCAAAUGAUCCGACCAAUGUAUUUAAAUUCACAUUUCAAAGGCGUUUACAAUGCGUAGAGUGUAAACGGGUUCGAUAUAAGGACAGCACAGAAUCUUCCAUUUCAAUUUCAGUACCUACGAAUAAAAUUGAAACCAAUGAGAAUAACGAAGCUAAAUACGAACCUGUGACUUUCGAAAAAUGCUUACAGUUAUUCGCUGCGGAUUCUGCAGUUGAAUAUAAGUGCCCGGCGUGCAAUAAAACGACUGUUGCCAUGACAAACACAAGAUUCUUAACAUUCCCCGAAGUUCUCGUAGUCCAUACACGAAGAUUUGAAGAAGAAAAUUGGGUUCCUCGUAAAAUCGUUGUUCCCAUUAUUUUCGAACAAGAUUGCUAUAAUUUUGACGAGUACAUUGCUCAUGGGCGACAGGAUAACGAAGAAUUGCUUCCUGAAGAAUCAAAUGCAGAACGACUUUAUGCAGCACCUGCUAUUAAUGAAUCGGACCUUAAUAAGUUACUCGAAAUGGGUUUUCCUGAGAAUCGUUGCAGAAAAGCAUUGAUUGCUACUGGAAAUAACGGAGUUGAUCAAGCAAUGAAUUGGUUGUUUGAGCACAUGGAUGAUGCAGAUAUUGAUGCGCCGAUUUCGGGUUCGACAUCUGUAUCUAAUGUACAAGAACCUUCAGAAGGUGAUACCUCCACGUUAAUGGCGAUGGGGUUCUCAGAAACACGAGUUAGGAAAGCUUUAUCAGAAACAAAUGGCAAUAUAGAACGUGCUGUUGAAUGGCUCUUUAGUCAUCCUGAGGAUGAAUCCGAUAGUUUACCGGUACAAGCUGAUGGCAGUAACACUAUUAAUACUUUUGGAGAUUCUACUUUACCCGCCGAAUAUCAACUACAGAGUUUCAUCUCUCACAAGGGUACAUCUGUACAUUGCGGCCACUAUGUUGUUCACGUACGUAAAGAUCAAAAGUGGGUUUUAUUCAAUGACAACAGAGUUGUAGAAGAUCCCCAACCUCCUCUUGAAGAAGCUUAUGUCUAUAUCUUUAGGAGAGUGCACGCCUAA